GGACGUCGUCUGCCAUAUCUCCUCCGACUAUCUUGUCUCUCGUUUGACUGUGCUGUAUGUUAUUUCUCUGAUACUUGCUGCAUAACGAUUGUCCCCUGCAUCUUGACGGCCAUCUUCGUGUGUAGCAGCAGCUGUCGUCGCGAUGGCUAGCAUCGCACGACCUCCGCACACCCUCGUCGACAUCGUUCAUGAUGCCGUGGAACACCGUCUACAGGACCACGAGGCAGACCAGGACCUUCCAGAGCAUCCUCUAACACCGCCUCUUGGCAACACUGACCAAGCCGAGCGGCUUGUGAAUCCUGAAGCGGUCCAAGGCAACGAGAAUGAGCAACCGCCGCCACAUGAGCACGGCGAAGCAGACCCGACUGCGGUUUCGCAGGUCCAGGAGGCCUCUCGUCGAACGGACUCACCAGAAGAAGACGACGAACCCCCAUCUCCGUUGAUCUCGCGUGAGCAGGCCAAGCAUAGGCGGCGGCGGUCGUCACUUUCCGGUGUUCGUCUGCCACCUCCCAACACCCCUUCUGGACGCACAGGUCCCCCUCGGUCGAUCUCGCGGAGCUACUCACUCUCACAGCCCGGUGGCUUUGAUUCACGUAUCCACCAAAAGCGUGCGUCGGAGCCCCACGGACCGCCUGGGGAGGACGAGGACGAAGGUCCUGACCGCACUUGUGACUUUCGUACCACCAUUCCUUUCCGGGAUGCCAUGCAGUACCAGGAUCCGCAUCAGCGCGAGCGCGAACGCCAGAGGGCUGAGAAAAUGGCCAGAAGACGCGAUAGCGCCGCUGGCCAUGAUAUUUGGAACGCGAUGAAGAAGCGGCUGGACACGCCGCGAGAGGAACAAUCCCAUUUUCGUUGGCUGGUUGAAGGCGGCGAGGAAGACAAGGAACAGCGUUCUGAGGUCAAGGACAAGGGCAGGGCAGAGGAAGGCGUGGAACCGGAGGCGAACGAGAAACAUGACAAGGUCGGGAGCCCUACCGUGGACCCCAGCACACCGCAAGCGUCCGGCAGUCCGUCUAGCUAUCACGCUCGGCAUUCACGGUCUAUGCCGCACAUCCAGCGCAGCCAGUCUGAACAACAUCCGAACGUCGCUCCGAAGUGGAAUCGGCUGCGCUCCCUCAUCCCACAGAUUGCAUCCCAGAACAAGAGCCAUCAGCCGGCUCAGGCAUCCGCGGUAGUCCCGCAGUCGGUGAACAUUACCGACGAGCUGAUCGCAGGGGGCUUGUCCGCGCUCGUCCUAAGACUAUGGUUUGAACGCGACGAGCGAGACCAUAGGCGCGUGCCCAUCCUCUUCCACCGCUUGCGCAUUCGCGUCAGUGAUAGCUUGCACCCGCUUCACGGCAACAAGGCCGUCUUUCGCAUCGAGUGCGAGUACGCGAACGGUGCCGUGCGAUGGGUGGUGUAUCGACAGCUGCGCGAGUUUUUGUCGCUUCAUGCUCAUUACGCCGUCUCGAACGCGUAUUUCCGCAACGUGGACACACUGCCAGACUUUCCCAUGAUGAGCCUACCCUACUUCAAGUUCUUGAAAGAGCGGGGGCGAGACGUCGGACGAGCUGACUUUGCACGCUUGCAACGUGAAGCGCUCGAGAACUACCUGAUUGGCCUUAUACGCGCAGUCAUGUGGCACCCGUCUGCAAACCGUCUUGCAGGUUUCCUUGAAAUUAGCUCCCUUAUGGUGUCACUUGCGCAGUCGGGCGGCGCCCAGUACAAAGCAGGUAUGCUACGAAUCGAGGCCAUAGGCAACAAGGGUAGUCUCGGGCGUCGAGCGACCUCCUGGCGUGAGCGGAAGACGCCGAAGUGGUGCUCAGUGCGGGACAGCUAUCUAGUCGUGCAUGAAGAGAUCGGAGAGCUAACCGUUUGGGACGUCUUCUUGAUCGACACCGAGUUCAAGAUCGAGCGACCGACGCGAUAUUACCGACAGGGUCUGAACCUUCUCCAGCACUUCGAAGGCGAUCAUCCAGAAGAGGUGCAGCCAAUAGGACACGAAGGCGCCAUGGUCGAGCGCCCCGAGCCGCAUCAUCCACACACCUGGCACAAGAUGGGCUCGAUCAAAAGUCAUAUCGAGAAGGUCCUCCAUAUUCAUCAUCAUAACCCUGAGAAGUCCCGGUCUGCGUCGAACGUCAACGAGAAACAGGCGAACGGGAACGGGGAUGCCCAUCAUGGCGAUGGCCAUGCCGAUACCGAUCCAGGGCACCACAGACCGUCUGCGUCCACCGCUUGGAGAUCGUCGACAUCGUCCUCUUCGAGACCGGUAACACCCAUGCUGGAUCCGUCGACGAACACCAACCCAUUGCUAGGACCAGAAGAUCUCGAUGAAUACAAGCACGACGAGCAGGAGGUGAACAACAAGAAGCGGCUGAGGGCGAACGAGGUGUCGAAACAUACCUUCUACGUCGAGAAUUCUCAGAUGCGACUCAAGCUCUAUGCCAAGAACGAGCGUCAGAUGCUUCAGUGGAUCGCCGCGCUCGAGCGAGUUGCCAGGGAUUGUCACUACACGGGCAAGAACAGAUUCGACAGUUUUGCCCCCAUUCGUCUCAAUGUUGCAGCACAAUGGCUGGUCGAUGGCCGUGACUACUUUUGGAACCUUUCUCGUGCUAUACUGCUGGCGACGGAGAGUAUCUACAUUCAUGAUUGGUGGCUAUCUCCCGAGCUUCAAAUGCGUCGGCCCGGGAUGCCUAAGUAUCGCCUGGACAAUCUCCUUGAACGUAAAGCGAAAGAAGGUGUCAAGAUCUACAUCAUCCUCUACCAAGAGGUGUCUAAUAGGACUACACCGACCGACAGCAAUUAUACUAAGCAGAGGCUUACAGCGCUACACCCCAAUAUCAUGGUCCAACGGUCGCCAUCGCAUUUUAUGACGGGCACCUUCUAUUGGGCGCAUCACGAGAAGAUGUGCGUGAUAGAUCAAGCCAUAGCGUUUAUGGGAGGCUUCGAUCUGUGUUUCGGACGGUGGGACACGCCGCAACAUGUUAUCAUCGACGAUCCGGAGGGCACCCCAGACGCAUCCGAACAGAUCUGGCCUGGUAUGACUCUAUCGUGGAUGCUGUAUCGGGUGUUAAGUGUUCUACAGGAAAAGACU